AUGGACGACGACCACUACCCCGAGUUGCAGCUCCCAGAGUCGCGAGUGUUGAUCGUCAUCACAGGUGGCACGAUAUGCAUGCGAAAAUCUGUAGACGGCCUGGUCCCCGCACGAGGCUUCCUGAAGGCUGGACUGGCCCCCAGACCGGUGUUCAAUGAUGGCUCUUACCCGGAGCCCCUGGAGAUUGUCAUCGAUGACAAAGAGGACUUUGAUGCGUUUGGAAGCCCAAACUUACCACCACUGGCCACUGUCUCUUCGACCAGGACCAACGUUUUAUGGCACAGGGUCCAUCGAUCUACCGACCUCAGCCCAUUCACCAUUCAGACAAGUCUAGAUACGGCACAUGUAGCAUGCCUACGUGUUUUUCCGGGAAUCACACCCGUCAUGGUUGAUGCCGUCUUGCGCUUGGAAGGGCUGAAAGGACUAGUGUUGGAAACCUUUGGAGCCGGAAACACUCCCGGAGGACCGGACAGCGCCAUGACACGGUGCUUAGCAGACGCAGUAAAGAGAGGAAUUGUGAUCGUCAACGUAACCCAAUGCUUAAGCGGCAGCGUCAGCGCUCUGUACGCCCCGGGCGCAUUCCUCGGUCGGGCUGGUGUAGUCUUUGGCCAGGACUUGACAUCAGAGGCAGCGCUCACAAAGCUUGCAUAUUUACUUGCACUACCGGAUGCCACACCCGAAGAGGUUGCGAAGCGCAUGUCGAUAUCCUUGCGCGGUGAGCUUACUGAGACGACACGAACACAUUUCGAGCAUCCUUCCAGGAGCGGCGUCCUUACCCCUGAGCUUUCCAGUCUUACGGCGCUAGGUUAUGCUGUUCAAAAAGGCGACCUACAAGCAACAAAAGACAUUAUUCGAGGAGAGCCUCGCUGGCUGCUAAACGACGCUGACUACCAAAUGAACAGCCCUGUACAUCUUGCGGCAACAAGCCCCAAUGUCGAAAUCUUGCGAGACUUCCUGGCCCAGGGCGCUUCUGUGCAUCUCAGAAACCGAUCAGGCAAUACCCCGCUCUUCUUGGCUGCGGCGGCCGGCUUACCAGAUCACGUACAGACAUUGAUCGACGCAGGAGCCCAUCUACAUAGUGAUGAAGUGAGCGCGGCAAAGCUGCAUGCAUCCGAGGGCGACGGCAACGCUGAAGUUUGGGCUCGCGUGAUUGGAUGA